ACUAAAUAAUGAAAGUACAUAAUGUUCUGUGGAAUUGACAAUAACAUAAGUUUGCCUCAAAAGAUGCUGGAUUACGAUGAAUUAGCGGUUAAAACUAAUUGGAGCUAUGAUUAUCUUUUAGAUAUAGACACAUCACAAUUCCCGUUUCCGAACACACUAUGGCACGUGAAAUCCCCAAAAGAAAUAGCACUAAAAACAACCCCAAUGCUCAUCAUCGGCGUAUUCGGGAUCUUCCUAAACUCCGUGAUACUGAUCACGUUAGCCAAGAACAGGUGGCUAUGGACAGCGAGUAAUUAUCUGAUUGGCAAUUUGGCGGUGACGGAUUUGAUGACGCUGCUAUUUUGUCCCUGGUUCAUGUUGGUCAGGGACUUUUACCAGAACUAUGUGUUGAAGAAUUUUGGCUGCCGCUUCGAGGGAUUUAUGCAAGCAACAAUGCUGCUGGCAGCAGUAGGUGCAGUGAUGCUUGUCUGCUACGACAGAAUGGCUGCAGCAGCCCUAACAGCAGACGCGAGGGUCACGAAGUCAGCGGCUCCGAAACUGAUCAUCAUCAGCUGGGUCGCCGCCAUCUUGUUGUCGCUACCCUGGAUCAUUAAGCGAGAAUAUGUGGAACGUCAAUGGCUGGAUCAUUUGGAGACGUAUUGCGUUGAAGACGUCAAGUUCCUUGGUAUCUAUUGGCACUUCACGCUCAGUAUGCUGGUUUGGAUCCCUCUAGGAGUCAUGGUUUUAACUUACGGCACAAUAAUGUGGAAGUUAGAAUGGAGUGCAAGGAGACUACGAGGGAGCGGUCUGACAGCGGCCAGAGCUCGACGUCGAGCUAUGAGGAUCACCGCAUGCGUUCUACUAGCGGCUGUCUUCUGCAGGCUCCCAUACACACUGCUCAUCUAUUGGAGGAAUAAUAACAGCAUGACUAUAAAUUCUGUGGACGGUAUCUUCUCUAUUAUCUGGUUUGCGGGUAAUUUACUUAUGUACUUCAACAGCGCUAUCAACCCUCUCAUCUACGGGUUCACUAACCUCAGGUUCCGCAGGGCUAUGGAUAGGACUCCUGGCAUAGCCUGCUGCAGAUUUGGGUCUUGGUGCUGUGUUUGUGCCAUGUUGAAAAGGAAACAAACUCCCCCUUCAGUGGGAGACAAGAAUUCAGAGAAGAUCUUCGUAAUUGAGAAUUCACCGAAACCAAACCGGAAAUUGACGAAAGCAAUCAAGAAUGUUCUGCGUAUCAAUAAGGAUACAUUAGAGCUUAGUAUACCAAAAGCUGAUGACAUCACCGGGAAACCUACUAAAGUCACUCCGUUGAAACCUGAUAACUGAA